AUGUCCAUUUGUGAAAAAUACUUUCCCAGAGAACCCUCUGCUCCUGUGGUCUCUUCGUCAUCUACUGGCGAAGCCAGCAAGGCUGAGAUCAAGACUCUUGACAAGACUUUUGAUUCUAGAGCAGCUUACUUUGUUGCCGACUACCAAAAAUCUGAGGGUAAUUACAUUGCCGAUGUCGAUGGAAACUUAUACUUGGAUGUGUACGCCCAGAUUGCAUCGAUUCCUCUCGGUUACAACAACCCCGAGUUGAUUAAAACCGCAAAAUCAGACAAGAUGAUUCGUGCCAUCGUCGACCGACCUGCGAUGGGAAACUUCCCAGGUGCUGAUUUGAAGGAAAUCACCCUGAAAUUGUUGGAGUUUGCUCCUAAGGGUCAGGACAAGUUGUGGUCUGGGUUAUCUGGUGCCGACGCUGUGGAAUUGGCGUUCAAGGCCGUCUUCUUCUGGUACCAAUCCAAGAAGAGAGGCUACGCCAAACCUUUUACAGCCGAGGAAAACGAGUCGGUCAUGAAGAACCAGGCUCCAGGAUCUCCAGAAUUGGCCAUCUUAUCGUUCGAGAGAUCUUUCCACGGGCGCUUGUUUGCUUCUGGAUCCACCACGUGCUCCAAGCCAAUCCACAAGAUGGAUCUUCCCUCGUUCAAGUGGCCCAAGGCACAAUAUCCUAGCUACAAAUACCCCUUGGAAGAACACAAGGAGGAGAACAAACGCGAGGACGAAAGAUGUCUCAAGAUUGUUGAAGACAUUUUCUCUACUUGGAAAUGUCCAAUUGCUGGUCUUUUGAUCGAGCCAAUUCAAUCGGAGGGUGGUGACAACCAUGGUUCAGCCGAGUUCUUCCAAGGACUUCGUGACAUCACCAUCAAGCACGGCGCUCUUUUGAUCAUGGACGAAGUCCAAACUGGUGUUGGAGCAACCGGCACAUUCUGGUGUCACGAACAUUUCAACUUGAGUCCUCCUCCAGAUCUUGUCACUUUUUCAAAGAAGUUCCAGUCCGCUGGUUACUUCUUCCAUGACCCAGAACUUGUUCCUGAUUUUGCUUAUCGUCAAUUCAACACCUGGUGUGGAGACCCAGCCAGAAUGAUCUUGGCUGGAGCUAUCGGUGACGAGAUUGUCAAGCACGACUUGGCCGCCAAGGCACAAGAGGUUGGUGACUACUUGUUCAAGAAAUUGGAGUCGUUGCAAUCCAAGUACCCCAAGUAUCUUCAGAACCUCAGAGGAAAGAACAGAGCAACUUUCAUCGCCUGGGACUUGCCUUCUGGAGACGCCAGAAACAAAUUUCUUAGUGAUAUGAGAGCUGCUGGUGUGAACAUUGGAGGCUGCGCUGAGGCUUCGGUUCGUUUGCGUCCAACAUUGGUGUUUGAACAGAAGCAUGCCGAUAUCUUGGUGGCUGCUAUUGAGAAGGUUUUGGGAUCUUACUAA